ACAAAGAACUCUUUUACGCACGAUGAUCUAGUGUUGACAUUUACAAUACAUUUGAAUUCAUGCCGAUUUCUGAAUUGUACUAAAAUUGAAUAAAAACGUGUACAUUUUGUACUUAAAGUAAUUCUAAUCUUAAAUGUAUUACUAUUUAGAUGUAUCACUAGUACUUGCAGAUAAUCAAGAAAUAACACCCGCUCUAUUUAAAAAUCAUAUUCUAACUUCCGUGAAGCAAGUGUUUGGCGAAAUCGGUGCUGCAGUGCCGUUUGAUGUCUUGAAAUACGAUUCUACACAAAACAGGGCGAUACUGCGUGUACCACGGGAUCAUUACGUAAAGUUUCGUGGAAGCCUCACCUUAGCUGGAUAUUAUCAAGGUGUACUUUGCGCAUACACUGUCCAUAAGGCUAGUCCUUUACUGCUAUCCCUGUUGGGUGAUAGUCGAAGUUACGUUCAUUAAAAUGUCACACUGCCGUAAAUUGGGGCCAAAUAAUAAG